CGGUGCGGACCUCGGAGAGCCUGGCCUCCAGCCCGCGAGCCAGUCUCGUUCCCCGCGGCCCGCCGAGGCUCAGAGCCAUCCAGCGACCCGGCGAGCGGCCUCAGGCCCUGCCAUGGGGAAGACCAACAGCAAGCUGGCCCCAGAGGUGCUGGAGGACCUGGUUCAGAACACUGAAUUCAGCGAGCAGGAGCUGAAGCAGUGGUACAAGGGCUUCCUGAAGGAUUGCCCCAGCGGCAUCCUCAACCUGGAGGAAUUCCAGCAGCUCUACAUCAAGUUCUUCCCGUACGGCGACGCCUCCAAGUUUGCGCAGCACGCUUUCCGCACCUUUGACAAGAACGGCGACGGCACCAUCGAUUUCCGGGAGUUCAUCUGCGCCCUUUCGGUCACCUCCCGCGGGAGCUUCGAGCAGAAACUCAACUGGGCCUUUGAGAUGUACGACCUGGACGGCGACGGGCGCAUCACGCGCCUGGAGAUGCUGGAGAUCAUCGAGGCUAUCUACAAGAUGGUGGGCACUGUGAUCAUGAUGCGUAUGAACCAGGAUGGGCUCACGCCCCAGCAGCGUGUGGACAAGAUCUUCAAGAAGAUGGACCAGGAUAAGGAUGACCAGAUUACACUGGAGGAGUUCAAGGAGGCGGCUAAGAGUGACCCAUCCAUUGUGCUACUGCUGCAGUGUGACAUGCAGAAGUAGAGGGUGGUGAGGGGCAGGGCCCCUGGCCAGGAGGGCUGUGGCCACCUCCCAACCCAAUGACCUCUCAGGGGGAGGGGUACGCUAGCCUCACUCUCUGGCUCACCCACCCCUCUGCCCAAGCCCUUGCUCCCCUCAGUCAAGAUCCUUGAGGGACCACCUCACCCUGGAAAGGAGACAGAUCCUCAGGUAUUCUGUGGUCUAGCCCCACCCCCAGUCUUGGCCCAAAACCACCUCCACUGGGCACAGAGAGUUGGCUUUUGCCCCAAGAGGCAGGGUUGAGGAGGGGGCUGUGGGUCUGCUUUGAAAUUCUAUUCUUCCUGGGAUUAUGCUUUACAGGAUGUGUUCCCACAGAUCCCAGUUAAAGGGUCACAGUGGGCCUGUCCUUUGCUGAGGAUGUAAAUUCCUUAAAGGUGGUCUCUGCCCUGCCCGCCUUGACUCUACCUGGCCCCUCCAGCCCCAGCCUUUGGAGCGUUCAUUCAAUCCUUUCUUGACCUAACGUUUAUUGAGCACCUGUUCAAUGCCAGGCACCUCUAGGUGCUAAGGUUAUGGUAGUUUACAAGACACAUUCCAUGCCCUUUGGAAGCUCAUACAAGAGGGUGAGGCAAACCUCCAGUGGUCAGGGUCUCAUAUGGGAACGCUGCACACGGUGGAGCAGAUGGCAUGGAAAGGCUAGCUAGUUUGAAAGAAACUAUGAAAUCUUUCAGCUCAGCUCCACCCAGAGCUGCAGAGAGAUGGAAUGAAAAGUGUUCGGAAGUCUAGGAACCAUAUGAGUGGAAGUUUUAAGAAACACUGAUAUUUAUGUAAUACUUAUUUUUUUAGAACCCUUUAAAAGAGCUAAAGUCAUUUUAUUAGUUUAGGAUAUUAAAACAUACUUUCUAUUACUUGGUUUCUUGUAAAAUGAUUAAAUGAAUAUAGAAAAUGCUAAUUUUGCAAAGGGGGGGAGGGAGAGCCGAGAAAAAAGAGGGAAAAUACGAGCAAACUUACCAAAUAACACUUUUUCUUAUCAGAUCAAGUCCUGAGGUGUCACCAUCAGCAGCCUCUGCUACUUCCUUUUUAAUGACCCUUUUCAAAUCAGUGAGCAGAUCUCUAUUGGGCACUUGCUCUGGUUGGAUGCUGACUUCAGAAACAGAAAAGACAAGGUUUGCUGCGAGUCAGACUCGUGUAUCUUCCACAUCUUGGUAGUUCCUUUCUGGAUUUCAAAGAUGGGCUUUUUUUUCACUGCUACAGAAACAGAAGGACCUAGAAGAAGGGGACCACCUGGCCACUGUUUGGGUUGCCAGACCGCACUUAUGGACCAAAAUGCCUAAAAAGUGCUGGGGACGUGCUCCAUUUGAAAGGCUUUUUCUAACCCCAAAUCCUCAGUCUGCCAGGUAAUUUGUCAUCUUCCAGGUGUACUGGCUUUGCUUUCCAAUGUCUGCUUUCCGAUUUUGGAUUCAUGAGCUAUACAGCUGCAUGCUUUGACUGCCAGAAAAUUAAUCUUGCUCCUUCAAGCCUUUCCCUUUAUUUUCUACUGUACUUGUGAUCAGAAAUUAGCUUUGAUGUGCCGUGACAGAUUUCCUCUUGAACUGCUGGUGACAACAGUCUUGUACACAGGUGCUGUCAGCCCAGGGCAGGAGCAGGGAGUGAUUGCCGAGUCAGAAGUAUGGGAUUGUAUCUCCAGGAAAGAGAUGAGGCAUGCCUGUUCUGAGUGCUCACCUGCCCUCCCUUCUCUGCAAGUUGCUUGAGGAUGCUGACCUUUGGUACCAGACUCUACUGGACCUUCCUUCUUGUUACCCUUGGAGGUAGCAAGGCCACUUAGCUGCCACUCUCUGUCUUCUGCCUAUGACCAGCCAUGUGGUGAGGCUGGGAAUUCACAUCCUCGGGCAGUAACCAGCAAGUUUUUAUCCCUCAAGGAAUGUUCCAUUGCUCUGAGGAGCUGGUCAUUAGGUGUAUCUUGUGCUACCAUUCAGCACCGCAGAUACAUAGAUAUUCAACAGCCUGGCUUAGCUGAGACUUCCAGUGGAAGGCUUUUUACAAAGUGGGGUUCCCAUCCCCCAAACACUGAAUCUAACCUAACUCACAAUCGCACAGAACUUCAUGACUUUCAGAGGCUUGCCAUCUACUCCAUCUCUUUCUAUCCUCCAGCCUAGGAUAUUUUCGUUCUCUUUCUCCAGACUUGGGAAGUGAGGCACAGAAAGGGGGGAAUCCCUUGUGCAAGAGCACACGGUCAGGAGUUGGCACAGUGCUAAGAUUCGAAUCCAAGGCUCUACCAGGGUUUCUUCCCUCAGGGUCUCUCCCUCCUCCUCUGUCUGAAUCUGAGUCAUGCAAAGUCAACUGUGGGGCAAGCUAAGUCAGUACAAGUCUUGUACAAGCUUCCUGCUAAGAAGUUUCUGAGGUGGUGGUCUUCCAAAAAGAAACAGGAGCUUGGUUGAACUCCUGACAUUUUUAAGUAUCUUGCUGUCUGCUUCUGGGCAGCUCUGUUUUUAAAAAAAUUUAAAAAAAUUUUUUUAUUUACUUCUG